UCUGUGUUGAGGGUGUAUUGUGGAUGCACAGGUGAGGUCUUUAUAAACAGUGAGAGGGCAUAGGAAAAUCCAGAAGUGGUUGUUUCCCCCUAAGACAGAAGGACUCGUCUCCAGACUCUACAGAACACAGUUGUCUUCUCUCCACGGAUCAAGCCCUAUCAGACUGAGAGACAUGUCCUCCUCCUCUCUCCCGUGGUGCCUGCUGGUGGUGUGUGUUCUGACUGUGGUCCAGAUCUAUGCAGCAGAGGAACCUAUGGUCCUCAAGGUGUUCAACCUCCAUGCCACUGACCUGCACAGCAGCCUGCUAGGGACCCCUGAUGCCUACGUCGAGGUGUUCAGAGCGCACGGCUUUCUCGGGAGGACAGAGGUGAAGAACAACAACCAUAACCCCAGCUGGAAGGAGGAGUUCAGCUUCCUCAACGCCCGUGAGAACAACAUCUUGAGGUUGGAGGUGUACGACAGCGACAUCAACUCCGACGACCUGCUGGGGACCUGCGAGCGCUCCAUCAAGAUUGGAACUUGGCAACAUAAAUGUUUCCUGAAGACAGGCGGGAUCCUGAACUACUCCUACACCCUAGAGCCUCUACAGUAGACCCUGUACUAGUCCUACACUCUAGAGCCUCUACAGUAGACCCUGUACUAGUCCUACACAUUACUGAUUCCUUACACCCUCAACUAGAGAGUAUGCCUGCUCUUACCAACAACAACAUCCGGCCCUCAUCUAACCCCUCUCCUCUGACAUGGAUUUCUAAUUCUCCUCAAACUGAGCUGAAAAACCGUCCUCCCCCUCACCUCAUCCUCAGGCUCAUCAUAAGAGACUAGAUUCUAGAACAUUGAGCAGUACAAAACUCCACCUCCCCCUUACAGUUAGUGUAUUGUAAUUAGUGUCUACACAUUUACCUUAGAACUGCAGUAGUGAAUGAGUUAACAUCUGUCACUCACUGGUGUCUGGCCUGCUGUCACUGUGUCUGGCCUACUGUCACUGUGUCUGGCCUGCUGUCACUGUGUCUGGCCUGCUCUGAUCCUCACUUUAGUAUGACAUCAAUUAAUACAAAUCUUGUUUCCCUGCACAAUGGUCUCAGUCUGGCUCUCUCUAGUUCUUCACUGAAAUACCAAAUUACCAUAUUCAUGUUAUAGAAAUAACAGCUAGCCUACAAUUUGACAAUGAGGCUUACAUCUUUUCCAUCAUAGUCUCUUACCAUGUUUAGUUUGGAGACUGGACUUUGGCCACAAAUUGUCAAUAAAACUGUGGAAUUAUGAUUUCAA